AUGUUCACAGUCUCAGUCGCUGUGGUCCUGGCGCUGUCAUAUGUCAAAAGACACGAGGAACUCUUGAGUACAGGUGACUUGGUGGAGUUUUGUGACAGCUUGGGCCAUGCUAUGUUUGUGUCUCACCAAUGGAUGUCAGCAAAGCAUCCCGAUCCAGAUUUCAAACAGUUCAGAGUCUUGCAAGAUGCCUUGCGCAAUCUGCUUUCAGGCCGUAGUAAGGUCCGCCAGUCAGUCGCAACAGAAGCAGCUCGCGGUCGAGUAAAGACACCAACCGCUGCUGACAUCAACGCACAGCCCUUGUAUCUCUGGUACGAUUACUUCUGCUGUCCGCAAAUGGACAGCAUUGGUGCAGUGCAUGCUCGCAGAAGGGCUAUAAACUGCAUCGCAUCCUAUGUGUGCAGAUGUAAGUUCUUUGUUGUUCUGUGUCCAGUCCUCAAACACUGUGACCAUGAUUGUCAGCUAGAUCACCGAAGUUGGGCCUCGCGCGGGUGGUGCCGCAGUGAACGACUGGCCAGAGAGCUGAGUCUCCGCAACCAUGGUCACAUCAUAGUCAUUCACGGCGCACAUCACCAGAGAUCGAUGUUCAGCUCGAAUAGCCACCUGGAGGCUCCUGGCAUGGGAGAGUUCACAGAGGAGUCUGACAGACCACGCAUAUCGCGGAUUAUUCUACGUAUGUUGUGGGAUAAGCUAUUGCACUUGCUUCAAGAAGGAGAUCUCCUAGGCUAUCGCUUCCUUCUAAACACGCAAGCAGCGUGCUGCCUCAAGGGUUUGAACACCUCACCAAUCGAAGCCUUGAUAUGCGGCUUCACACCAAAGAAGGACCCAUGUCUCAACCCGCAGGGCUUCAUAGUCGAGCGGUAUCUGCACGACAACAGGUUUGAGAGCAUGGCUGACCGGGACAGAGCUGGGUGGACACCACUUUGCUAUGCAGCGAUGACGGGAGAUGCCAAGCUAGUGAGGCUGCUAUGA